GUGAAUUAAUAUCGCUCAUCUCUAUUUAUAACUGUCCCAAAGUGUCAUAUGUCGCAGUCUGUCCAGUGUCCAGCCAGGCGCUAUGAUCUUCAUCAAGCUCAACUUUCUGUAUUAAGUUUUACAUCGCCAUUAAAGUGCAGUGCUUUAAAAAGCCAAGAUGUCGAAUGUCACCUUUUACAUUUCCAAUCUUUUGGAAAAAAUGACAUCCACUGACAAAGACUUUCGGUUUAUGGCGGCCAAUGACCUGAUGAUGGAGCUCCAGAAGGACUCGAUCAAACUGGACGAGGAAAGCGAGAGGAAAGUUGUGGCGAUGCUACUCAAACUUCUGGAGGACAAAAAUGGAGAAGUGCAGAAUUUGGCUGUCAAAUGCCUCGGUCCUUUGGUGGGAAAAGUGAAGGAGUGUCAGGUGGAGACGAUGGUGGACACACUCUGCUCCAACAUGGUGUCCAACAAAGAGCAGCUGAGGGACAUUUCCAGCAUGGGCCUGAAGACCGUCAUCGCCGAACUGCCACCUUCAUCUACAGGUUUGAGCCUCACAGUCAACGUCUGUAAGAAGAUCACGUCCCAGUUGAUUGGAGCCAUGGGAAUGCAAGACGAUGUGUCCAUUCAGCUGGAGGCUUUGGAUAUUCUCUCCGACAUGUUGGGCAGGUUGAGCACUGCUCUGGUGAGCUUCCAUCAGUCGAUUCUGACCAGCCUCCUCGCUCAGCUCACGAGUCCUCAUAUGGCUGUGAGGAAACGCUCUAUUAUCGCUCUGGGUCACCUGGUGCCCAGUUGUAGCCCCGCUCUGUUCACUCAGCUCACCGAACACCUCAUGGGCGAACUGUCCCGCGGACCGCCCACCGCCAGCGUCCGCACCUACAUCCAGUGCCUGGCCACGGUCAGCAGACGAGGAGGACACAGGAUUGGUGAACACCUGCAAAAGAUUGUGCCAAUGGUGGUGAAAUUUUGUAACGUGGAGGAUGAUGAGCUACGCGAGUUCUGCUUUCAAGCUUUUGAAGCUUUUGUUAGCAGAUGUCCGAAGGAAAUGUCUCCUAACAUCCAAGCAAUCAUCAAGUUAUGUUUGAAGUACAUUACCUACGACCCCAAUUACAACUACGAUGCUGAUGAUGACGAGGAUGACAGUAUGGAUAUUGAGGACAGAGAGGAUGACGAUCAGGAGUCUGAUGAUGAAUACAGUGACGAUGAUGACAUGAGCUGGAAGGUGCGGCGUUCCUCUGUGAAAUGUCUGGAGGCGAUAAUCAGCAGCCGCAGGGAUCUGCUGGUGGAGCUCUAUGGAUCCGUAGGCCCAACGUUGGUGUCCCGCUUCAAAGAGCGUGAAGAGAAUGUUAAAACUGACAUAUUCUCAGCCUUCGUGGCUUUGCUCAGACAGACUAGACAUCCUCACGGUCCCACUUUGGACUCGGGGGCUAAAGAGGAGCCUGCAAUUUAUCUCUUAAAGAAACAGGUACCGACAAUUGUAAAAGCUUUACACCGACAGCUAAAGGAGAAAAGCAUGAGAUGUAGGCAAAGCUGCUUCAGUCUCCUGACAGAAAUGGCCAAUGUACUGCCUGGUCAACUGGGAGAACACAUACCAGCCCUCAUUCCAGGUAUUAUUUACUCCUUGACAGACAAGUCGACCUCUUCCAAUCUGAAAAUUGACGCCCUUGCUUUCCUCAAUGUUCUCUUGAGUAGCCACAACCCAGAGAUCUUCCACCCACACAUUAGCGUCAUCUUACCACCGGUCAUCCAAUGCGUGGAAGACUCGUUUUAUAAGAUCACAUCUGAGGCCCUCCAAGUCAUCCAGCAGACUGUCAAGCUCAUGCGGCCGCUGGACAAGCCCGUCUCUUUUGAUGGCAAACCUUACGUUAAGAUUGUGUUCGCUUGCACCUCGAAGAGGUUGAAGGCGGCUGACAUAGACCAAGAAGUGAAAGAGCGGGCCAUUUUCUGCAUGGGCCACAUUUUGAGUCAUUUUGGUGACCAGCUGGGUGCUGACCUGCAGCCCACCUUGCAGAUAUUUCUGGAAAGGCUUAAAAAUGAAAUCACCAGACUUGUCGCAGUGAAGACUUUGACUCUUGUCGCUUCCUCGCCACUUAAAAUUGACUUAAGACCCAUUUUAACGGAGGGGAUUCCAAUGCUUGGAUCCUUCUUGCGGAAAAACCAGCGGGCCCUUAAGUUGAACACGAUAACGGCCCUGAAUGUUAUGGUCACAAACUACAGCGACAGCUUCAAGCCGCCUUUGAUAGACUCCAUACUGAGUGAGGUACCUGCUUUGAUUCAGGAGAGUGAUAUGCAUAUCUCACAAGUAGCCAUAACGCUGAUCACCUGUAUGGCCAAAGUUUGCCCUUCCUCUUUGAGCAAGAUUGGGGGGACGAUCUUACCUGAAGUGCUUAACUUAGUCCAUUCUCCACUGCUACAAGGAGGUGCCCUUAAUUCCUUACUUGAGUUCUUCCAGGUUCUUGUAGCCACGAAGGCCAACAACAUGGGUUACAGUGACCUUCUGAAAGCCUUGAGGGGGCCUUUCUAUGAUUCGAAGUCAACUGACUCCAUGUCCGUGCAUAAACAGUCCUACUACUCGGUGGCCAAGUGUGUAGCAGCCUUGUCAAUGGCUUGUCCCAAAGAGGCUUCUGGAGUGGUCACCAACCUUAUCCAGGAGGUUAAGAACCCCAAAUCUUCAGAGUCUGUGAGGAUUCUCUCGUUGCUGUGCCUUGGGGAAAUUGGACGUUUUAUGAACUUCGAAGGGCAGAAGGAACUGAAGGGAGUCAUAAUGGAAGCCUUCGGUUCUCCUAAUGAGGAAGUCAAGUCUGCCGCAUCUUUUGCUUUGGGAAACAUUUGUGUCGGAAACUUGGGGGAGUAUUUGCCAUUCAUGCUCAACGAGAUCGGAAGCCAGCCGAAAAGACAGUACCUGCUCCUGCACUCCCUCAAGGAAAUGAUUAGCGCUCUGUCAGCCGAAAGUCUCAAGCCUCAUGUCGAGAACAUCUGGGAUCUGCUGUUCAAGCACUGUGAAUGUGCAGAAGAGGGUACUCGCAAUAUUGUAGCUGAAUGUUUGGGGAAACUCACAUUGGUCAGUCCAUCUGAACUCAUACCAAGGCUAAAGAAUCAACUGUCCUCGGGGUCUCCUCUUUCCCGCAGUACGGUUGUAACUGCAGUGAAGUUCACUAUCGUAGACCACACCAUGCCCAUAGACUCACUCCUCAAAGGAUGCAUUGGUGACUUCCUGAAAACACUCCAGGACCCUGACCUCAAUGUUCGGCGGGUGGCUUUAGUCAUGUUCAAUUCAGCUGCCCACAACAAACCCUCCCUGAUCCGUGGACUUCUGACAUCACUUCUCCCACAUCUAUACAAGGAGACCCAGAUCAGAAAAGACCUUGUUCGAGAGGUUGAGAUGGGCCCCUUCAAGCACACAGUAGAUGAUGGGUUGGACGUACGUAAGGCGGCGUUUGAAUGCAUGUAUACUCUGCUGGACAGCUGCAUGGACUGUUUGGACAUCUUUGAAUUUCUGAACCAUGUUGAAGAAGGCCUGAAAGAUCACUAUGACAUUAAAAUGCUGACCUUCAUUAUGCUCGCCAGACUUUCUAAACUGUGUCCUACCGCUGUGGUACAAAGACUGGACAGAUUAGUGGAACCACUGAAAGCUACUUGCACUACAAAAGUAAAAGCUGGUUCAGUGAAGCAGGAGUUUGAGAAACAGGAAGAGCUGAGGCGCUCUGCCAUGCGUGCAGUCGCCGCCCUGCUGUCCAUCAGCGAGGUGGAAAAGAGCCCUGCUAUGGCAGAAUUUGCCAAUCAGAUCAGAAGCAACGCAGAGAUGUCCACCAUCUUUGAGAGCCUGCAAAGAGACCCAUUAACAGAGGCUGUGGAAUCGAUGGACACCAGUUAGGACUCUCAACUGCAGUUUACAUUAUAGUUUGUGCAGAGAUGGCAAAAGUACACAUCCUUCUCUCAAGUAGAAGUACAGAUACUCAUGUUUCAAAAAAGACUCUGAUAAAAGUUGAAGUACUGACUACACUUUUUCACUCAAGUUAAAGUAUAGAAGUAUGGGCUCUGACAUGUACUUAAGUAAAAAAGUAGUCAUUACUACUACAUGUGUUAGUCACGCUGGUAACUGAAACUCUCAUUAUAUUAUUAUAUUAAUAAAAAAGUAAUUACAAUUCAGAUUUUGUUAGCUAAUGAAUGUAUCCAGGCUGAUAAACCACCAUGUAGAACACAAGCAGAUAAAAAACUAAGGUGACGAGGAGAAAAAAAAAAGAAAAAAAAAAAACUCAAUUUGCCAUCACCUAAGCCACAUCCUAGAUUGUUGGGUGAUUCUGCCUUUUGUCUUUGGAAACAACUUAAAAUUAUGAUGCUUUAAAAAUGGCAAAUUUGAGGCGAGUUAUAUUGUAAGUUUUAUUGAAAUGCAAACAAAGAAUUAAGAGUGCAAGCAUAAUUUACACUUGUUUACCCGUUAACAUGCAGGGGGCCUGUAAUUAUAAAUCAUUAGAAAUAUCUAAGGUUUUAUUAUAAAACCUUAUAAUAUAAAAAUCUGUCACAGUAAUUUCUUAAUUUCUGUCAGGAAAUCUUAUGCAUCCGAAAUGCAUAUCCAGCACAAUCUAAUAAAACACAUUUCAAGGAUAAAGGACUUUUAUAAAAAGAAUAUGUUCGCCUAAUAUUAAAAACUUGUAGGUCAUCUUGGAAUGGCUUAUUGUAAUACCAAGCGUUUCAAAACACACAGGGUGAGUUUUCAUUUCAAUGCAUAUGCACAUCUGAAAUAAAAAAAAUAAAAAAAACUGUACUGCUCUCUACACUGGAGAAAAACGUAUGGAUAUGGAUGUUAACUUCCAAUUUCUUUUAGAGAGGUGGUAUUUUUCCCAUUUUACCUGAUGAAACAUCAACACAAUAAACAUACGAU